AUGCCCCCUCCCGAUCGCCGCAGCCGGCCGGGGGAUGGGGCGCAGGGGGUGCAGCCCGCCCCGAGCGCUGCGUCCCCCCGAAAUUAUCGCGCCCGGCCGAGGGGCUCACGGCGGAGAACCGCAGUGGCACAGCCGGCCGGAGGAGAGCGCUCGGACAUCCCAGGAGAGAGCUCGGACACCCCAGGACAGCGCUCGGACAUCCCAGGAGAGCGCUCGGACAUCCCAGGACAGCGCUCGGACACCCCAGGAGAGCGCUCGGACAUCCCAGGAGAGCGCUCGGACAUCCCAGGACAGCGCUCGGACACCCCAGGACAGAGCUCGGACAUCCCAGGACAGCGCUCGGACAUCCCAGGACAGAGCUCGGACAUCCCAGGACAGUGCUCGGACAUCCCAGGACAGAGCUCGGACACCCCAGGACAGCGCUCGGACAUCCCAGGACAGAGCUCGGACAUCCCAGGACAGCGCUCGGACACCCCAGGACCGCGCUCGGACCCUCCCCCGGCCCACUCUGCCCCUGCUGCCCCCAGCCAGAUCCCCCGCACCGCAUCUGCCUCCCCAGCAGCAUCCGCCCCCCAGUUUAUCUCCAGAUACGCUGCCCCGCACCCCCCACACGGAUUCAGGGCCAGCCCCGGUGGCCUCGGUGACCCCGACUCCCACCCCGGCCACCCUCGGAGUGCCCCCCCUCCAUCAAACCCCCCAGGGGGGUUACCAAACCCGUCCACCCCCCAGCACAACCUUGACAUUUAG